ACCCAUCACUAGCUCAUACUAGAAAGCAGAGGACACAUUAGAAAGGAUCACACUAGGAGGAUGCCAGCUAUCAGCCGCUGCUACCGCUGACACCCAUACGAACCGCCAGCGAGAGGACCACUGACCCAGCCCGCAGGGCGCAGCCUCUAUGCGGGGCAAUAGAGGGGCCGUGGGCGGUGUGUGUGCGGAUUCCUUAUGAUAUCUUAGACGCUCUUUUUCUAACACCAUGGUGCUGGGCAAGGUGAAGACUUUAGCCGUCUGCUUCGACUGUCUCAACGACAACAACGUCCCAGUUUACUCCGGUGGUGAUUCGGUCUCCGGGAGGGUGAUCAUUGAAGUCGCGGGCGAGGUUCGCGUCAAAACGCUGAACAUAACCGCCAGAGGAGUAGCCAAGGUGCGGUGGACCGAGUCUCGCAACGCUGGGGCCAACACUGCCUACACUCAGAAUUACACCGAGGAGGUGGAAUACUUAAACUAUAGCGACACGUUAAUAGGAGAGGAGAGAGGUAAGGGACAACCACAUCAUAAUUACCACUCAUUCUCACAGAGAUGUGCUGCAACAUUUUGAGGGUAGGCUAUAUGGAUAGGGCAGGCCUAGUUCAGGUUGUUCUGAAAUAAAUAGAUAACCUAGAAUUGGAACAUGGUUAUAAAUCAUCUGAUUCCUGCCAUGUUAGGGAACUCUGCAGUGCCAUUGCUGUGGUUAUAGGCUACGCCAUUUGUAAGUUACGAGUGAUGAUGGGUUCAAUUUCACAUAAACUGCAUAACACACACAUCAUACAUUGAUUGGAACAAAUGACAGAUGUCAUUAUGUGUGCCCAGUUGAUGGGUUCUCUCAGUCAGGUGGGAUAGUGGUCCUGAUGCGACCAGAUAGUCAUGGUGCAAUGCAUAGGUUUUCCUCAUCCAAUUUAGGCUGUUUAAUAACGCAUGAUGCGACAUAAAUAUUUGAUUCAUGUAUGUUUUAUUAUGACACAUUACAAUUUAUGUAGAUUCUACCGUAGGUGUGCUUUAUUCACAUUUAAUAGUCAUAACAAGUUGUUAACGCCGUCUCUGCGUUUUAUGUGGUGGGGGAAGAAACCUCAGAAUUUAGUCCAAAUUGGACAUGAUUGGGCCAAUCUAACCGAAAGCGGUUUAAGUUGGAAUAUUUUCGACGUUUAUUACUGUUUUCGUUGUAUCAUUUAAUCAGAAACAUUCUUUCGCUGAUGACAUCCUGAAGUUUACUCCCUUUGUUAGAAGCGGUUCAAACCUGUUCACAAACUGGCUGAGAGGAGGCGGCGCACCGGGGGAGAAAAACCUCUGUCGCCUCUAAUUGGUCUAAACUCCCACGUGAAUAUAGGAUGACGUCAUUCCUUCGAAGGAAAUUACAAUUCUAAAGCAUGCAACUUGUCUUCAAUUUGCUGUUGUUACGUUUCCAUAGUGUACUGUAAAACGAUAUAUAUAUAUAUAUAUAUAUAUAUAGCCUAAAAAAUACGUAGGCCUAUCCAACACAUCUCUCAUAAAGUAACAGAUAUGUUACAUCAACAGUUACUAUAUUUUAAGAAAUGUAUCAUUGCAGUGAGCAAAGAUUUAGAGUAGUACCCUACUAGGCUACUGAGGUUCAGUUUCAGUCUAUAACAACAGUCCCAGUGAGAUUUGCAUAAUAGCUGUUCUAGUGGUACAUGUAAACUGAUACAGUUAGGAUUUAUUUAGCAUCUUUACUGGGCAUAACAACACCAAGAGAUAGGCUUAAAAAAUCCCAUAGUUAGAAUACACCCGUAGUAAAAAUACACUCUUGACAUAAGACAGCAAUACAAACAUAUAUGCCAGAGUAAGUCCUAUCUCAUAUCUCAUAAUUAUGACAGUAAAUGCACCUCUGUGUGGGCAAAUCAGGAUCUUGUUGCCAGGGUAAUGUCUGAGAGCUGAAGACAUAUUUUCUCGAGAACAUUUUAUCCACCACAAUAUGACAUCACCAAGACCUCCAGCAGAAGACUGGUUGCCUUCUCAGCAACUGGCAACCUAACCUAUCGGUACCCUAAAUUCAGAAUAGGCUUUAUGAAAACAAUGUUAAUCAGUAGGGUUUAUUACAGAUGUAGGAUCUUCAUUUGAUCACCCUCUUGAAGGAGGACUUUCCUGCAAUGCAGGACAUUUUUUACUUUGAGUGUAUUUGAGGUUUAAAAGGGCCUCUGAAGUUUGUAAUUUUCACUUCGAAAUUUCAGAUUUGCUUUUCCCUUGCAAAAAUUUUUAUCAACCCCUACACAAAUGUCCAUUAAUUAUAAUCCACAUAAUAAUUCACAUUUCCUGUUGCUGCAGGAUUGUUUUCAGCUGUAGCAAACUGGCUCAAAUUAAGAUCCUAAAUCUGUAUGUAGCUGGCUGGUAAAUGAUGUCAUGUAUGUGCUGAUUAUCUGUUUACCUCAGAGGUGGGCAACAGCUUUGAACCUGGAAAGCAACAUGUUGUGCAGGCUUUUGUUCCAGGCCCGCACUAACUCACCUGAUUUAACUAAUAGGGGUCUAAAUAGCACAUAUGUGGGAUCUUAAUUUGAUCACCCUGUUGCAGGAGAACUUUCCUGCAAUGCAGGACAUUUAAAACUUGUAGUGUAUUUGAGGUAAAAAGGCUUCUGAAGUUUGUAAUUUCCAUUUUGAAAUUUCAGACUUGAUUUUCCCUUAAUCCUGACAAAAAUGUCCAUUAAUUAUAAUCCACAUAAUAAUUCACAUUUCCUGUUGCAGCAUGAUUACUUUCCUGCUGUAGCAAUCUGGCUCAAAUUAAGAUCCUACAUCUAUAGACCAUGAUUAGUUGACCCAGGUGUGUUAGUGCUGGGCUGGAACAAAAGCCUACACACCAUGUAGCUUUUCCAGGACCAAAGCUGCCUGCCGGCUACACUGCUUUUAUCUCACUUGCUGUUGAAGUACAGUGCAUUCGGAAAGUAUUCAGACCCCUUAUUCUAAGAUGGAUUCAAUAAAUGUUUUUCCUCAUCAAUCUACACACAAUACCCCAUAAUGACAAAGCGAAAACAGGUUUUUAGAAAUUUUAGCAAAUGUUUAUUAGUUUAUGAUCUGUACGUUUUUUAUGUUUUCCUAGUUUUUUUUGCACUGUAAUAACCCUCAUUGAUGCUGUGUGUUGAUUGAUUGAUUGCCUCUGAUGAAUUUGUAAAAUAAAAUAUGCUGUUGGUUUUUAAUAAAGAUGCGUAAAUGUACCUGCUCUCGAGUCCCUCUUUAUUUAUCUGAAAUACUACAGUCUAUCUCUGCUGUCUCUCUUUUACUGCUGAAUGGCAUGAGGGUUUUUGGUGAAAUCUCUCUCCCUCUCUGUCUCUCCCUCUCUGUCUCUCUGUCUGUCUCUCCCUCCCUAACUCUUUAUCUCUCUACCUCCCUUUCUCUUUCUCUCUUUCCCUCCUCCCUAUAUAUUGCUCCCUGUCUCUUUUUCUCUUUCUCUCUGUCUCUCCAUUCUCCCAUAUUACAGAACACAUGGUCAUUCAUAAAGGGCCUUAGUCGAGGGGCGGGACCAGGUUAGCUUUGCUCCAAUGGGAGGCUGAGUAGUAAUGUUGCGUUGGAGGAUCCGGCUGAAAAUCCACUGCUCAUUCUGGUUCAUACCGGUAUGCCCCUGCUCUCCUCACUCUGCCGGUGUGACUUGACAGCCACACAGCCACACACACACACAAUGUUCUCUACACACACAUUUACAUUUUACAUUUUAGUCAUUUAGCAGACGCUCUUAUCCAGAGCGACUUACAGUUAAACACAAUGUUCUCUGCUGACAAAGAUAACAUGCGGGAGUGCUGAGGUGGCAGGAAACAGAUCUAUAUUAAGAUCAAAGAUUCACACGUCAACAUAAACAUUAAUAAAUAACAUUUAGAUUGAGGAAGUGAAAGGAGAUUCAUGUUUUCUCUGCCUGGAUGUGUCUUUGUGUCACUGCCCUGUACUGUAUGAAGUGUUCAUGGAUUAAAUUAAAUGACAUUUUGUAUUUCAUGCAUUGAUGACAUGACAUAAUGGGUAAUAUUGAAAUGAAGUACCAUGACUGGGUUGUAUGUGCUAUAAAGCAUUUAUUAUGUGUGAGUUUGUGUGGUCAUGUUUCUUAAAGUAUUUUUUAUGUGUGGUUAUGUGUCGUAGAGCAUUUAUUACUGGGUUUAGUAUCUUGGUGUUGACUUGGACUGAGGCACUUGAACGCACUAGGCAACUUGAAAUCACAACAUGAUACAAUUAAAUUAAAUGGUGGGUGCGUGUCUAUGUGUGUGUAUACAGUGUUUGUACACUGUGGUGUGUGUCAGGUAUGGUAUUUGGAAUCUUGUUCUCCUGUGUUUCAGAUGAGGACAGUCCAGAGGAGACCCUGACUGUUCUCAACACAGGAUUACACGAGUUCGCUUUCAGCUUCCUGCUACCACAGAUGUACGUAACAGAUGUGCACACACAAAGCUAUAACAGCCAUAACAUAAAAUCCAAAAACCCAAAUAUGGAAUCAUAUCUAAAGAUAGACCUGUAAGAAGUCUAAUCCUAUAAACCUAUUUCCUCUCUCCCCUCCUCCCCCUCUCUCAGGCCGCUAGCCACGUCGUUUGAAGGGAAGCAUGGCAGUGUGAGGUACUGGGUGAGGGCAGAGCUCUACAGACCAUGGCUGCUGCCUGUCAGAGUCAAGAAAGAGUUCACUGUCUUUGAACACAUUGACAUCAACACACCACUGCUACUGGUGAGGAACACACACACACACACACACACACACACACACACACACACACACACACACACACACACACAUAAAUACAAGUUGUCACACACAAUUUGUGACUGUGCCAUUUCUGUGUAUAGGCCCCUCAAGCUGGCACUAAGGACAAGACCCUGUGUUGCUGGUUCUGUGCCUCGGGACCCAUCUCACUCAGCGCCAAAAUAGAGAGGAAAGGAUACACACCAGGUGAGAAACACACACACACACACACACACACACACACACACACACACACACACACACACACACACACGUUGAUUGGCUAAUGAUGAUUUCCACUCAAUCUAACCACACACUGCUCUGAAUGUUUCACAACACAACAUACUCAAACACCAGAGGGAACUUACAGCACUGCAGAUAUGCAUACACAGGCACGCAUCCGUGCACGCACACACACACACACACACACACACACACACACACACACACACACACACACACACACACACACACACACACACACACACACACACACACACACACACACACACACACACACACACAGCCCCAUACCCACAUCUCCCCCAUCUCACAGUCUUUUCUCCUAUCCUCCUCUCUUAGGUGAGUCCCUACAGAUCUUUGCGGAGGUGGAGAACUGUUCAUCCAGGGUGGUGGUGCCCAAGGCAGCGCUGUGCCAGACCCAGACCUACUUCGCUAAGGGCAAGGCUCGGCAGCUCCAGCAGCAGGUGGCAGCCCUGCGUGGGGACACCCUGCCCCAGGGGAAGAGCCAGAGCUGGGACGGAAAAUUGCUCCACAUACCCCCAGUCUCCCCAUCCAUCCUGGACUGUCCACUCAUCAGAGUGGAGUACUCACUGGUGGUGAGGAAUGAUAAUAAACAUAGUAUAGUUUAUAUGGUAAUACAUGUGUUAAUAUGGUAGAAUAGGAAAUAAGUGUUGUCAGUCAAAUUACCUCCUAAAAUCUAACCGGUUUAGCAGGUACUUUCCAGUCAUGUACAGUACUGUAAAAGUUAUAGUAUAUCAAAAUGUGGGCUGUAAAUAAGAUAAUAUCUCUCUCUCUCUCUCUCUCCUCUCUCUCUCUCUCUCUCUCUCUCUCUCUCUCUUCUCUAUCUCGCUCUCUCUCUCUCUCUCUGCUCGCUACUCUCUCUCUCUCUCUCUCUCUCUCUCUCUCUCUCUCUCUCUCUCUCUCUCUCUCUCUCUCUCUCUCUCUCUCUCUCUCUCUCUCUCUCUCUCUCAGGUGUAUGUGGACAUCCCUGGGGGGUUGAACCUGUCUCUGUCGUUGCCGUUGGUGAUCGGGACCAUCCCCCUCCACGCAUUCGCCAGUCGAACCAGCAGCAUCAGCAGCUACUGUAGUACCAUCAGCUGGCCAGAGAGACCUGAGGGUACGACAUACACGUGUGUGUGUGUGUGUGUGUGUGUACUGUGUGAGGAGUGUGUGUGUGUUUCCAGUUAACCAUGCUCUGUGCGUGUUUGUGUGUAUUGUGUGUGUUGUUUGUCUGUGUUCUCCCAUGUUAAUUCCAUGCUGUGUGUGUAUUCACAGCUCCCCCCAGCUACAGUGACCUGGCGGUGACAGAGGAGCAGAGGCGGGGCUGUCUGGAGCGCCGUGAGGGGUCAGAGGUCAACGAAGAGGACCAGGAAACGCUGCAAGCUUACAUCACAGAGUUCAGAUACCAGCCCCCACCGCUCUACUCUGAGGUACAAUCACACACACGCACAUGCACACACACCACGCAUGCACGCACACGCACAGUAUUGUAGGUCAAACUAGCCUAAUCUUCUCUCUCUAUGUUUCUCAGCUUGACCCUAACCCAGAGCCGGGCUGUGGAGGUCAGGAGACCCGACCCCUGA